UCCGGCUCCCGCGCAGCAUGCCCGCCCACGCCCCGCCGCGCCGCCCGCGUCUGCGGACGCCACCGCUGCUGCUGCUGGUGCUGGUCCUGGGCGGCCGCCACCUGCGCGCCGAGCCCGGCGACGGCGCGCAGACCUGGGCCCGCUUCGCGCACCCUCCGGCCCCGGGUGCCGCGGGGCUCUUCCACGACACCUUCCCCGACGGCUUCCACUGGGCCGUGGGCAGCGCCGCCUACCAGACGGAGGGCGGCUGGCGGCAGCACGGCAAGGGUGCGUCCAUCUGGGACACGUUCACCCACCGCCCUCCGGCGCCUCCAGGCGACACCCCGGUAGCCGGCCUGCCGUCGGGCGCCCCGUCGCUGUACCCGCCCGCCACCGGGGACGUGGCCAGCGACGGCUACAACAAUGUUUUCCGCGACACGGAGGGGCUGCGCGAGCUCGGGGUCACCCACUACCGCUUCUCCAUCUCGUGGGCGCGGGUGUUCCCCAAUGGCAGCGCCGGCGCCCCCAACCGGGAGGGGCUGCGCUACUACCGGCGUCUGCUGGAGCGGCUGCGGGAGCUGGGCGUGCAGCCCGUGGUCACCCUGUACCACUGGGACCUGCCCCAGCGCCUGCAGGACGCCUAUGGCGGCUGGGCCAACCGCGCCCUAGCGGACCACUUCAGGGAUUACGCCGAGCUCUGCUUCCGCCACUUCGGCGGCCAGGUCAAAUACUGGAUCACCAUCGACAACCCAUACGUGGUGGCCUGGCACGGCUACGUCACCGGGCGCCUGGCCCCAGGCGUCCAGGGCAGCCCGCGGCUCGGGUACCUGGUGGCGCACAACCUCCUUCUGGCUCAUGCCAAAAUCUGGCAUCUCUACAAUACUUCUUUCCGCCCCACUCAGGGAGGCCAGGUGUCCAUUGCCCUGAGCUCCCACUGGAUCAGUCCUCGAAGAAUGACUGAACAUAGCAUCAAAGAAUGUCAGAAAUCUCUUGACUUUGUCCUAGGCUGGUUUGCCAAACCCAUAUUUAUUGAUGGGGACUAUCCUGAGAGCAUGAAGAAUAACCUUUCAUCUCUUCUGCCUGAUUUUACUGAAUCUGAGAAAAAGUUCAUCAGGGGAACAGCCGACUUUUUUGCUCUUUCCUUUGGACCAACCUUGAGUUUUCAACUGUUGGACCCCCAGAUGAAGUUCCGUCAGUUGGAAUCUCCCAGCCUGAGGCAACUCCUUUCCUGGAUUGACCUUGAGUAUAACCACCCUCAAAUAUUUAUUGUGGAAAAUGGCUGGUUUGUUUCAGGGACCACCAAGAGAGAUGAUGCCAAAUAUAUGUAUUACCUCAAAAAAUUCAUAAUGGAAACCUUAAAAGCCAUCAGGCUGGACGGGGUGGAUGUCAUCGGGUACACAGCGUGGUCCCUCAUGGAUGGCUUCGAGUGGCACAGAGGCUACAGCAUCAGACGUGGACUCUUCUACGUCGACUUUCUAAGCCAGGAUAAGAAGUUGUUGCCAAAGUCUUCAGCCUUGUUCUACCAGAAGCUGAUAGAGAAAAAUGGCUUCCCUCCUUUACCUGAAAAUCAACCCCUAGAAGGGACAUUUCCCUGUGACUUUGCUUGGGGAAUUGUUGACAACUACAUUCAAGUGGACACCACUCUGUCUCAGUUUACUGACCCCAACGUUUACCUGUGGGAUGUCCACCACAGUAAAAGGCUUAUUAAGGUGGACGGGGUUGUGACCAAGAAGAGGAAAUCCUAUUGCGUUGACUUCGCCGCCAUCCGGCCCCAGAUCGCCUUACUCCAGGAAAUGCACGUGUCGCAUUUCCACUUCUCCCUGGACUGGGCGCUGAUCCUGCCGUUGGGGAACCAGUCCCAGGUCAACCGCACGGUCCUGCGCUACUAUCGCUGCGUGGCCAGCGAGCUCGUGCGCGCCAACAUCACCCCGGUGGUGGCCCUGUGGCGCCCCGCCGCCCCGCACCAGGGGCUGCCGCCACCCCUGGCCCGGCAUGGCGCCUGGGAGAACCCUCACACCGCCCUGGCUUUUGCAGAGUACGCCAGCCUGUGCUUUCGAGACCUCGGCCACCACGUCAAGUUCUGGAUCACGAUGGACGAGCCGUCCACGCGGAACAUGACGUAUAGCGCGGGGCACCACCUCCUGAAGGCCCACGCGUUGGCCUGGCGCGUGUACGAUGAGAAGUUUAGGCGCUCUCAGAAAGGUAAAAUAUCCAUCGCCCUGCAGGCGGAUUGGAUAGAACCGGCCUGCCCUCUCUCCCCAAAAGACAAAGAAGUGGCCGAGCGAGUUUUGCAGUUUGACAUUGGCUGGCUGGCCGAGCCCAUUUUCGGCUCCGGGGAUUAUCCACGCGUGAUGAGGGCCUGGCUGAACCAGAGAAACAAUUUCCUCCUGCCUUAUUUCACUGACGAGGAAAAAAAGCUAAUCCGGGGUUCCUUUGACUUUUUGGCUUUAAGCCAUUACACCACCAUCCUUGUAGACUGGGAAAAAGAAGAUUCAGUAAAAUAUAAUGAUUACCUGGCAGUGCAAGAAAUGACCGACAUCACCUGGCUCAACUCCCCAAGUCAGGUGGCCGUGGUGCCCUGGGGGUUACGCAAGGUACUGAACUGGCUGAAGUCCAAGUACGGAGACCUCCCCAUGUAUAUAAUCUCCAACGGCAUCGACGAUGAUCCGCACGCAGCCGAAGACAAUCUGAGGGUGUAUUACAUGAAGAAUUAUGUAAACGAAGCUCUGAAAGCCUAUAUAUUGGAUGGUAUCAAUCUUUGUGGAUACUUUGCUUAUUCAUUUAAUGAUCGCACAGCUCCGAAGUUUGGCCUGUAUCGUUAUGCUGCAAAUCAGUUUGAGCCCAAACCAUCCAUGAAACAUUACAGGAAAAUUAUUGACAACAAUGGCUUCCCAGGUCCCAAAACUCUGGGAAGAUUUUGUCCAGAAGAAUUCACCCUGUGUACAGAGUGCAGCUUUUUUCAUACCCGAAAGUCUUUACUGGCUUUCAUAGUUUUUCUAUUUUUUGCUUUUAUUAUUUCUCUUUCUCUUAUUUUUUACUACUCUAAGAGAGGCAGAAGAAGUUACAAAUAGUCUUGAUAUUUUUCUUAUUCAUGUAUUUGAAAUAAUUGUACACACACAGCAGCUGUUAACCAUUUGUACUUCUCAGUGUUGUGAAACUGUAGAUUUUAUAUAUCUGACUUCUAGAAGACCUUUUUGUGGCAUUUGACAGAGCUUUUGAAAUGAGCAUAAGUGAUUGUAAAAUAUUGAAUAAUGUGAACAGUGCCUGGAUUUGUUCUUUUUGGCAGGGGGGUGUUAAAAAAAAUGGUGACAGGGACUAUCAUUUCUGCAGCACAUUCUAUAACAAAAGCAUGAGAAAUGGGAACCAUUCUGUAACAUUUUUACAGAAAUUGAAUGACAAGAUUAAGAAUAUUGUUUGUCUGUGCCCAUUGCUAUAUGCAGUGUUUAUCUUGAAGUCAUACUGCAAGUAUUGGAAUCAAAAGUUAAGUCCCAAGUAACCAUAUCUUAACUGCCAUGAUAGGCCUAAUGGUCUCUGCUGAACCAAGUUUCCCUUGAAAAAGAAGAUGGCAGAAUAUAGAACAGAAGACAAAAGGCCCUAGGCUGGAAUGUUCCUUUUAAAGCAGUGUUUCUAUCAAAUACUGUUAUAUUAAUUUACAUAUCUGGUUAAUGAUAGGCUUAGCAGAACAAAUGACAGAACUCUAUAUUUUAUGUAAGUAUAAAAUAUAUUUUUUUAUAUUUCGAGGCACUCUUUAAACCCCAGGUCCUUGAGGGCUUUGUGUCCCUGUCGAGGGCCUGCACACAUGGACUUUCACUAAAUGUGUGCAGAAAAAUAUGCAUGAAUUAUGCAAUAUUAGGCCCUUAAAGAAGCAUAAACUGACUGUGAAAUGCAUUAUACUGCAGUGGCUGGAGGGGGCGGAAAGGAGGAAAAAGUACUUGUUAUGAGCAACAUUGUGAUUAAUUUUAUUAUAAACUCUUUUAUUUAGAGCAGACCUUGGAAUGAAUGAGGUGACCUUUUCUGAGAGAAUAAGAACGAAAUAAUAACUUAUUUUAUGAG